ACCACCAGGAGAAAGACGUGGUGUAUCUUAGUUUUGUUUUGUUUUGUUUGUUUUGUUUCCCCCCAUUUCGACAAUCUCUAUCUUUCUAAGAGGAUGCCGAGUGGCCUGUGGCGACCUUGAAGAGAUAGACCCCGUCAAUGUUGGUCAAAGGUGGCGGUGAAAGGCGCGCGUCGAGGGUCUGAACAUGUGUGCGCGCUCACAGGAGGUUAUGAGCGCGUUUCCUCACUUGGACACCAGACUGCCGCUGUCGCAGAUGAUGAUAAUGAUGAUGGGAUGCUUGAUGGUCGGCGGAACUGUGCCAGCUGCACCAGUGAACGUGUCGGUGACCCAGCUGAGAGCCCAUUCAGCCAUGGUGACUUGGAACGUCCCUCUAGGAGACACUGUGAUUGGAUACGCCAUCUCGCAGCAGAGGCAAGAUGGCCUGAUGCAACGCUCCAUUCGCGAGGUGAACACGUCAAGUCGCUGGUGUGUGCUGUGGGACCUGGAUGAGGACACACACUACAGUGUGCAGGUGCAGUCUGUUGGACUCCAGGGCGACAGUCAACCCAGCCGGGCCAUCCACUUCAGGACGCUGGAAAGGAGCGACCAUUAUCCGGCUGGAGUGCUGGACCACCAUGAACCGGCUAUGGAAGGUUUGGGAAUGUCGCCUCACCUGCAGACUGGAGAGCUGCUCAUCAUCACCACGGUUCUGCUGCUGUGGGCAGCUGUUAUCGCCCUGUUCUGCCGGCAGUACGACAUCAUCAAGGACAGCGACUCGAAUGGUACCCGAGAAAAGGCCAAGAGGCCGCUGGUUCCAGUUGCUUCCUCCUACUACAACGCCUCGCCCACCAGCUCUCCCAUCUACCAUAAUGGUGCCAUCCACAGUGGCAGGCUUCACAGAGCCUCCUCCUCUAUCAGCAUCAUUCGAGUCUGAGGUCCACAAAGGUACAUUGUCAAGGAACUUGCCAUGAUUUGACGAACAAAUGAAUUAAACAGGCAUGGCCGAGAGCCUAUUUUAAUGUAUGACAUGACAUGGGAGAAGCAAGCAGCACUCCAUGCAAAUGAAAAACUCCUACUCAGAAGUGGUCACCCUGGAAGUGGUUUGCUUGGUGUGGUUAAAAAAAAAAAAAACUAAAAAAAAAAAAACUUGGCCCUUGUUGUGGAGGCUGCAGCGCUUUUGCAUUCACGUCUGCCAAGAAGGGACUCAUGGAGGAGAAGCUCACUUCCUGUUUCCGGUUUUGCUACUUCAAAGACUAAAGGGAAUGCUCACCCGCAUGACAGGCUCUGUGGUUUUGUUGUUGUUUUACACAUGUAUGUCUAUUUAUUACCAAGUGCUGGGCAGUUAGCUUUUCCACACCAAUAACUUUGGCUAAGCAGAUGCAGGUGUUUGAUUGUUUUUCAUCACAUACUCAAGAAUUACAUGAUUAGAUUACUAACACCACAAUAGUAAUAAUAAUACUGCAUUUUGUUUUGAGCGCCUUUCAUCUCACUCAAGCCCACUUUACAGGAUUAAAAGUGAAAUGCAAAAUGAGGACUAAAAUACUGCAAAGUAGUCUAAAAAUUACAACCAAUAUAAUACAGUACAAGAUCAAAAUAGUUGUAACCAAAUCUAUUAUAAUGAAUAUGCCUGUUUAAAGAGGAGUGUUUUGAAACGUGAUUUGAAUGUCGUAAGAGUGCUAAUUUUUAGCGUGUGAUGUGAAUGUUCCAAAGGUAGUGGCCACAUGUUAGCUUUUAUUAUGGACUCCAACGUAGACCAGUAUACAGGUGGUCCUUUUUUUUUUAAGACGGAGUUCUGAAACGUAAACCAAUUUUUUUACGUUUUACGCUGUAGUUAAUCACUUACCUAUGCUAAAGCAGUAGUCAGUUCAUAAUUACAGCAUAUAUUUAUUUGUAUGGAAAAAAAAUUAACUUUUAGGCCAUAAAUAUAAAACAAUCAAAUGAAAAAAGAAUUAGGUACAGCAGUAACUGAGCGUGCCUUCGUGUUCCGUGUGGUAACAUUCUUACACCGCCAAGCUCAUUCAUUGCAUGCCGUUCGUAUUCUCGAAAUGUCAUAAUUACAGUACAUGUUUAUAGAAAUAACAAUUGUAGACCAUAAAUAGAAAAACGUCAGUAACUGAUCGGUACAGGCCUCACACGCCCACCCAAACAUCUAAUCGAAAACGGAAUAAAGUUUCCUCAAUGCAUUUAGAACAAUUAUUAUUGUUUUACUCUUAAUUCACCAGUGUAAAAAAAAAUAACCAUCAAAAUGCUUAAUCUAUCUAUAAGGUAGUUUCUCAUGCAAUGGACUAUUCCAUCUGACUGUGCAUGUGCAGACUUGAUUCAAGUUGAGGGUAGCAAUAAGAAAAAGAAAAGGAAAAACAGCCUUGGUGCAUUGUCAGGAAAAUGAAACUGAGUUAUCCCUGUGAAGCGGAAAGAGGGGAAGGCGGGAGGAAAACACGAUUGCACGGAAUGUGCAUCACGGACAGCAGCACAAGCCACAUGCUCUAGUAGCAGUAGCACUGCUGUCAGUGUCAGCCGAGGAGGAUGCAGUAGAGAUGAAGUAGAGUGACACGAGUGACACUUCAUCACCAAGUGAGUACGAAAUCGGUUGAAAUGGUAAACCGUAUUAAAUGUUGAUUAAUGUUCUUAAUUGCAGUAAAAUGCGUUAUUUCACUUGUUAGAUAAUAAUCCUCAAGAAGGAUUUUAAGGGCUUUAUCUAGCACCUUAGGAACCAGCAGCAUACUAGCAGGAUACACCUUUUAGUUGCUGAUAAAUAUGAAUAUUCAAACUCUUUGCAGAUGUUGGGGGCCACAUGACUGGGUUUGGCUUGGAACGUCAAACGACUGCUAAUACGCCACCAACUGAGCAUGACGUCAUAUUCUUACGUCGGGUGCCGUUUGUUUGUUUUUUUAACCUUGAAACGUCUGAAAACAGUGACCGCCCGUUUGGAUGGAUGCAGGUGAUUUCCGGUGUGAGAUGG